AUGGACAGGCCAGCUGGCGAUGAAACACCACGAGAACUUGAACUUUCGAAUGCGUUCGAGAGAGCCGAUGAUGGCGAGAUCUUCUCACUUCCAGAUGCUGAUCGUGGACAAGCAUGGCUAUUUCUUGCCAGCGCUGUUGUUUUCGAAGCUGUGACUUGGGGAUUUCCUUUCAGCUUUGGUGUCUUCCAACCAUACUACACUCAGCAUUUCGCAGAUAACGGCUCAAGCAUCGCUGCCAUUGGUACUACCGCAACAGGCCUGCUAUACGUUUCCGCUCCUUUCUGGUUCACCGUCCUGAAGUUGAACCCUCGCUACCGAAGACCCAGCGUAUUCGUCGGCUUCGCUGUCAUCGUAGCUGCCCUGAUCGGCGCAUCUUUCGCACAGUCGGUCUCCCAGUUGAUCGCAACUCAAGGCGUCCUGUACGCAGUCGGCGGAGCUCUGCACUACUAUCCUGUACUGCUCUACCUGGAUGAAUGGUUCGUCGCAAAACGUGGACUGGCAUUCGGCGUCAUUUGUGCAUCCUGCGGAGCUGGCGGCGUUGUGAUACCUUUCGCUCUGGACUGGGUACUUCGCAACUACGGUUUCCGCACUGCACUGAGAACAUGGACCGUCGUCUUCGUCGUCCUCACUACGCCUGCACUCUUCUACAUGAAACCACGACUGCCCAUCCGACACCAUGCCAAUACUGGACCACAGCGUCUCGAGCUCGGCUAUCUCAAAAGCAAGACUUUCUGGAUCUUGCAGGGCGCCAGUAUCAUUCAAGGACUUGGUUUCUUUUUGCCUAGCAUUUACUUGUCGUCUUUCGCCCAGAAGGUCGGCUUCUCGGCUGUGGAUGGUACACUGGCAAUUGCUCUCAUCAACGCCGCACAAAUCGUUGGAGCUCUGUUCAUCGGCUUCCUCUGUGACCGGUGUCACGUCACCACUGGCAUUCUGGUCUGCAGUAUCGGUACUGUAGUCGCAGUAUUUGUGUUCUGGACCUUCGCUACAUUGAAGCCGAUGUUGUUCGUAUUCGCAAUCCUUUACGGCGUAUAUGCGGGAGGCUACUCGACAACAUGGUCUGGCGUGGCAAAGACGGUGCGUGAGAAUGGAUACCCGGGUGCAGAGACCGGCAUGAUUAUCAGUCUGUUCAGCUGCGGGAAAGGCAUCGGAGCUGUGGUCUCAGGACCCCUGUCAGAAGCUCUGGUAGACAAGGAUCCCUGGAAUUCGAGUGCGCCAUAUGCUUUCGGCACUGGUUACGGAGCACUUUUGCUCAUGACGGGCAUCACAGCAUUUGUGGGUGGUUUUGCUUUCUACGCGAAGCAGCUUAAGAUGAUCCACUAG